GCGGCUGGGGGCGUCCCGGCGGCGGGGACGCGGCUCCCCCCUCCCCCGCCCUCGCCCCGGCGCUCCGAUCCAAGAUGGCGGCGCUGAGCAGCGGCAGCAGCGCGGAGGGGGCCUCGCUCUUCAACGGGGACAUGGAGCCCGAGCCGCCGCCGCCCGCUCUCGGCGCCUGCUACGCUGCGGGCAGCGGCGACCCGGCCAUCCCGGAGGAGGUGUGGAAUAUCAAACAGAUGAUUAAAUUAACACAAGAACAUAUAGAGGCACUGCUAGACAAAUUUGGAGGAGAGCAUAACCCACCAUCGAUAUAUUUAGAGGCCUAUGAAGAGUACACCAGCAAACUAGAUGCUCUACAGCAGAGAGAACAGCAGUUAUUGGAAUCCAUGGGGAACGGAACAGAUUUCUCUGUCUCCAGUUCAGCUUCAACAGACACAGUUGCAUCAUCUUCCUCCUCUAGCCUCUCUGUAGCACCUUCAUCCCUUUCGGUUUAUCAAAACCCUGCUGAUCUGUCACGGAGUAACCCUAAGUCUCCACAGAAGCCUAUUGUUAGAGUCUUCCUGCCCAACAAGCAAAGGACUGUGGUUCCAGCGAGAUGUGGAGUGACAGUCCGAGACAGCCUAAAGAAAGCUCUGAUGAUGAGAGGUCUUAUUCCAGAAUGCUGUGCUGUUUACAGAAUACAAGAUGGAGAGAAGAAGCCAAUUGGCUGGGACACUGACAUCUCCUGGCUCACGGGAGAGGAGUUGCAUGUGGAAGUCUUGGAGAAUGUACCACUCACGACACACAAUUUUGUACGAAAAACAUUCUUCACGUUAGCUUUCUGCGACUUUUGUCGAAAGCUGCUUUUCCAGGGAUUCCGGUGCCAGACAUGUGGCUACAAAUUUCACCAGCGCUGUAGUACAGAAGUGCCACUGAUGUGUGUUAAUUAUGACCAACUUGAUUUGCUGUUUGUCUCCAAGUUCUUUGAACAUCACCCCAUACCGCAGGAAGAGGCCUCCUUAGGAGAGACCACCCCAGCAUCUGGAUCCUACCCCUCAGUGCCCCCCUCAGAUUCUGUUGGACCACCAAUUCUCCCUAGUCCUUCUCCUUCAAAAUCCAUUCCAAUCCCACAGCCCCUCCGACCAGCAGAUGAAGACCAUCGGAAUCAAUUUGGGCAACGCGACCGAUCCUCUUCAGCUCCCAAUGUUCACAUCAAUACAAUCGAGCCAGUCAAUAUUGAUGACUUGAUUAGAGACCAGGGUUUACGAGGAGAGGGAGCCCCUUUGAACCAGCUGAUGCGCUGUCUUCGGAAAUACCAAUCCCGGACUCCCAGUCCCCUCCUUCAUUCUGUCCCCAGUGAAAUAGUGUUUGAUUUUGAGCCUGGCCCAGUGUUCAGAGGUUCAACUGCAGGUUUGUCUGCAACACCUCCUGCCUCUUUGCCUGGGUCACUCACCAAUGUGAAGGCGUUACAGAAAUCACCAGGACCCCAGCGGGAAAGGAAAUCAUCCUCAUCCUCAGAAGACAGAAAUAGAAUGAAAACCCUUGGUCGACGGGAUUCAAGUGAUGAUUGGGAGAUACCAGAUGGACAGAUCACAGUUGGACAAAGGAUAGGAUCUGGAUCAUUUGGAACAGUCUACAAAGGAAAGUGGCACGGUGAUGUGGCAGUGAAAAUGUUGAAUGUUACGGCACCCACACCUCAACAGUUACAGGCUUUCAAAAAUGAAGUAGGAGUGCUCAGGAAAACGCGACAUGUGAAUAUCCUGCUUUUCAUGGGUUAUUCAACAAAACCCCAGUUGGCUAUUGUUACGCAAUGGUGUGAGGGGUCCAGUUUAUAUCACCAUCUACACAUCAUUGAGACCAAAUUUGAAAUGAUCAAACUAAUUGAUAUUGCACGACAGACUGCACAAGGCAUGGAUUAUUUGCAUGCCAAGUCAAUCAUCCACAGGGACCUCAAGAGUAAUAAUAUUUUUCUUCAUGAAGACCUCACAGUAAAAAUAGGUGAUUUUGGUCUAGCCACAGUGAAAUCACGAUGGAGCGGAUCCCAUCAGUUUGAACAGUUGUCUGGAUCUAUUCUAUGGAUGGCACCAGAAGUUAUUAGGAUGCAAGAUAAAAACCCGUACAGCUUUCAGUCGGAUGUAUACGCGUUUGGGAUUGUUCUUUAUGAAUUGAUGACUGGGCAGUUACCAUACUCAAACAUCAACAACAGGGACCAGAUAAUUUUUAUGGUGGGACGAGGAUACCUAUCUCCAGACCUCAGCAAAGUACGGAGCAACUGUCCAAAAGCUAUGAAGAGACUAAUGGCCGAAUGCUUAAAAAAGAAGAGAGAUGAGAGACCCCUUUUUCCACAGAUUCUUGCCUCCAUUGAGCUUCUGGCCCGGUCAUUGCCAAAAAUUCACCGCAGUGCAUCUGAACCCUCGUUAAACCGGGCUGGCUUCCAGACAGAGGAUUUUAGUCUAUAUGCUUGUGCUUCUCCAAAAACACCCAUCCAAGCAGGGGGAUACGGAGAAUUUGCAGCGUUCAAGUAGCCACAGCACCAUGGCAGCACCCACUCUGUUAUUUAAGUCUUGUGUUCCUACAGUUUCUUAACAUCAAAACUCUGUUCUGCUCUGCAAAACCUAAAGUAAUUUAGAAAAAAGAUAUCCAUAAGCUUAAAAGUGGAGCAGAACGGAACUGCCAGUCCAACACAAAUGGGAAAAAGUACCUUUUUUUGGGAACCAGAAUCCUCUGCUGCCAGUGUUUCUCCUUCAACACAAACCACACCACGUGCAUUCGGAGACCCGCAGUGGCUGCCUGUGCCGUUGGCAUCAUUCCCAGGAGAGAGGAGAGGGCACUCGUGGUUUGACUGUGGUGCUCGGGCAUGAGGGGAUGGAACUGCUGCUGCAACUUAGGAGACUUGCUUUGGAUGGUCUGCCGGUGGGCUUUCUCCUUCUAACAACGUGCCAUCAGAGGCUGAACCUCUGAUGGGUGCUAAUUUAAAAGAAUCGUCCUCCGUUCUGACCUUUUGGGUUUGGUUUUUUUCCUGGUGUACUCACUGAUUUAUGGACAAUGCAGUAUCCCCUUUUCACUCUAUUACAACGUCAAACACCUAAAUUUGUCUCUAUUAUUGGGUUUUAUUCCAGAAAAAUUCAAAGUAUGGGGUGAUGGGAGCUGAAGAAGAUGUUACUCUAAAGGCAAAGAGGUGAAGCUGAAGGAAAAGGGGAUGCUGCUGCACCUUUUUUCAGAUUUACUUUAUCACUUCUUCAAAAAACAACCAACAACCUUAACCUUUUCCUUUUCCCGUAUUUUCUUGGUGUGUGCAUAUACAACAUCUUUUAGAAGGAUUAGGUAGAUCCUUCUUUUGUUGGUCCAGCAACAAACUGAAGUUUAAAAAAAAAUGUAGCGAGAUUGUCCUCUCUUUUAUUUUUUUUCUUUUGUAUCAUCUGAUACAAUGUAUUUAUCAAAGAUGCUACCACAGCAUCUGAAGUCUGUAGAAUUCCUGACGCAGACUGUGAAUGGUGUAUGUACCUACUUUAAAAGUUUUAUUUUAAACGAGGGUGCAGGUUAAUGCCAGGUACCUUACCAAUAUGUAAUGUUUUCAUAAAUGAGGAAAAAAGUUCUCAGGUUGAAUUGAAUACAAAUACAAAACCCCCCUAGAAUUAGACAUUCCAAAAAUGAUGUUUUGGUACUUUCAAGAGCUUUUUUUUAAAGGAUUUUUAUCCUGUUAACUGAACGUCCUCUGAUGAGUGUGUGUGUAAAUGUGGAGCAUCUUGUCCUAGCGGCAAGUUGUUAGAUGAAAACAAAACGGUACUUGCUGGAUCCACGCUGACUACUUCUCCUCUCAUUGCUUUCUUCCCUCUCAUCUCUUCCCUCCCAUUUAUCUUUCCCUUUUUGUACACUUUGCAAACUAGGAUGAAGGGUGGCGGUAUCUCCAUUAGAGUGCUUUGUUUUCCUGUCCUCCCAUCCUGGUUUUCAAAUGGUGGGUAGCUUUUUGACAAGUUAACCCAGUCAGGGACAAAACAACUCGUAAAGUUCUGCACAUUGUUUACCUCUAGUAGAAUAUCUUGUGAUGUGAUCUGUUUGCAGAGUUCUCUGGUAUGUGGUAUUACAUGUAAAUUAUUUGUACAGAGGCAAGUCAGACCACAUUAGAAAGAGAUUCGAGCUCAGAAAGAAUUUUUUUAGAAUUUGAUCCGUAUCUGCCCUGUGCCACUCCGGGUGAGGCAGGAGAACUGACCCCUCUGGAGCAGGGAGGUUCUUGCUGGAGGGUGGGAGGUUGGGGGGGAGGGGGGGGGCUGUUAAACCAUGACAAAUAAAUGAAGGAGUUAAAUGUGUGUGAAUGUGGUGUCCGUGCUAAACAUGGGUGUCUUGGGUGAGGACACUGUCCUUCCCUCUCUAGGAGAGUCGAACUGUUUCUGUCUGCAGAAGGUUGCUCCCAGGUGAAGGGAGAGACGCACAUCGGUGGUGGAACGUGCUUUUGAAACCCUGGAGUUCUGCGGUGUUGCUGGUAGUCUGUUAUGUGUGUCAGUAAAUAUUUACUGGGGUUAUAGGGACCGGACUAAUCUGAAGUGGGAAUUAUAACUGAAAUACUGUGUAUUCAUAUUAAUUCCGCAAACAUUAGCAAGACAGCAAUAGCGAAUGACUUAAUAGUCACUACAAGAAUGAAGUGAUUCAUGUUGGUACAUGAAUAGAAUCAAUUCUGUGUACAGGAUGCAUUUUAAAAACAACAAAAAAAAAAAAAGAAAGCACAAAUUUUUUUCUUGUCUGCUGUGGGUCUUCAGAUGCUGUAAGGUUUUUUUUUCCUUAUUAAGAUUGGCAGGAAUGUUAAAAUAGUAGCAAUAGCCACUUUCCAGUGUGGAGAAGCUAAGGAGCGAGCGGUGGCGCGCAGACCGGUGAAAUCAGAGCCUCCCGGCUGAUGCAGCGCCGGACGGUGACCAUCAUCUGAGGCCAGUCCCCGAGAGGUGGAAGGAGACUGGGGCCAGCGGGCAGGUGAGACCAUUUACAGAUACAGACUCCCAGAGGGUGGGUGAAGUGGUCACUGCUCAUUCUCCUUCCACCCUCAAGUCCCUCUGGACCUUGUGUGGGCUGUGGCUGAAUUUGGACAUGUCGGGCAUACUGGAAAUUCAUAUUCUCUCGAAAGAAACCAUUAUUGGAGCAAGUAUGGAGAGGUGGUUCAACAGUCAUUUGUUUCACAGAGCUUGUUAAAAAGCCCGAGUUUCCUUCCACAAGGUCAUGCUGGCAGAAGAUUGUCUGCUAAAAUGUAACUGUUAGGAAUUUCAUUCUAUCUUUGCUUAAAAUGAACUUACUUUUGUGAAGAUUCAUUACCCAUUAGUCUACAAUAUGCUUCUUGAGCCCAUAGGAAAAGCACAAGGAAAAUUACUAUCCUUGUCCAUGCAAAGCACUUUAUAAGUAACAUGUGAUCUUUGGGGUGUUUUGUUGUUUUUUUUUUUAUUGGGGUUGGUUUAUAUGUAGUUUUGUUUUUCUGUUUUGUUUUGGUUUUUUUUUUUUCCCUGAGGAAUGUGCAAGUUGUUUGGCUGCUGUUUAGAGAAGUCCUUUCAGGAUGCAUUUCUACUGGUUUUCACAUUUGUUUGUUUCCCUCCAGAUAGCUGUAGUGAUGUGUGUUUGUCUUUAAGAGGUCGCAGAUAAUACUCAUGCAAAACUUUGGAAGAAAUUUGGUUUGUAAAUAAUUGGGUUUAUUUUUUUUUUUUAAAUAUCUUCAGAUUUUCUGGAUGUCUUGCAUGCCAUCAGAAUCAGUCUUCAAGGUGCCCUGUAGAUGUUUAGUGAAUGGGGGAGGUAAGAGUAGUCCAGAACUGAGUAUCCUGUAUAGCAGUGGGAUGAAGGAAGUGAACUCAAAUCACCGUUAACAUUCAUGUCCGUUACACCAAAUUUCUUAGGCUUUUUCUCUGUGAUGUCCCAGCUACAAUGGAAAUGUUAGUACGUAUGUUAUGUGUGUGUGUUGGGGCAAACAUCCAGAGAGUCUUACUGCUUUUAGCUCUGCAGUGUCUAGCAUCUACUAUUUUUUAUUUUCACAACCACCAGUAUCCAGUCCCAACUAUCCAAUGUCUUUAUUAACCACACAUACACCUUCCCCUCUGUCUUUCCUGUUCCAUACAGUUAGACAAGACCCUGUUACCUGUUACAUCUUCCCUGUCAGGACGUGAUUGCUUCCCACAGCGUAUUUGCUGGAACUUGGAACAUUGUAGUGGAGCUUAAACCAAAUGGUAUGAGCAGAGAGACCUGGUUAUUUUGAAAGUAAUUUCUGCGUGAAUUAAGUCCUACAUGGCCCCAGAUACAAUUACCCAAUCGUUUAUUUUUUUUGCUAAAACUCAUGCAGGUCAUUAAAUGAAUCCAUUUCUAUUUUUUUAUGCUUAUCUAAAAUCAUCUUUUCUCGUACUUGAAUGCUCUAGCAGCUAAUGAUGAUACAGAAUGUUUGAGGCCAAAUACUGCCAUCUUACUGUGGCCUCUCAACAUCACUGCGAUUAGUAUGUGCUCAUUAGAGGCAGAAUUUGGCCUUCGUGACAUAAAAAGAACAAAAUGCUGACUGAUAAGUAUCACGUCUUUCCACAAAUGCCCAAAUUGGGGGGAAAAAAAUACGCUGAAGAUCACGCAUAAAUAGGUUUGCUUCUCUGUUUGUCUGGUGAUGUAAAUGCAUCCAGCAUUUUACAGAACGUUUGGGGAAGCCAGACCCCCAGAAAGCUCACAAAGAAGUACAAGUUGAAGUUUUGGUAGGUGGAGGGGCUAAAUUUAGGGAAGAAGCAUGUAGACAUUUCACGCUUUCGCAGCCUAUAGAUUUCAUUCCCUUCUGGACUGUGAGUGCAGCAUGUGUAGCACUAACUAUUCAUAGUACUGUAGACAACCCCGUCUUCUGUCUGUUGGGAAAAGUAUCACCAGUAGCAGACAAAGCUUCUAGGUACAGUCGAGUGGACUGUUACGGCGUCACUGGGAGGUGCUGGGAGUUCUGGUUUUCUGUCAUGCAUUUGACGUAGAACUUUAGGAAACGAACUUCUGUUUACUGCAGCCUCCUUAAUACGCGUUUGCACUUCGCGUUUGUUUUGGCAUGCAUUUUAAAUAUCUUUCUUCCUCGCUGCGUUACUUCUUACCUAGUAAAUAAAACCAUCAAGAGAGCAGAGCAGAGAUAAAAGUUGUUACAACUUUUUCUUUGCAUUUAAGUUGAAGGAUGCUGACACAGAAGCUACUAAGUCAGCACCAUGACACAGCGGUAAAUAAUCAUGAAGCUGUGGGAGGAGGAAACUGUUUAAAAACUGCAGAAUAUAGAGUGCACCAAGGGUGAAUUCCAGUGAAAACUUGCAUAUAUCUUUUCUGUAGAAAAGAGAGCUCUCUUAAGAGAAGUCUCUUAGAAAAGAGACCCUCUCUUAAAUGGGUUACAUAGGCAUCCCCCUAAACAGUCUUUGCAGUUUGCCAAAUGAUCAUGUGCCUUCGCAACCUUAAAAAGUACAACAGAAUGUAAACCAGGUGCUUUGUAACUGGAGCAGUGGCUUUGGUUUACUUCUGAUGCAGUAGUUUUGUAUAUAGCUAUUACUCUAGAAUAGGUAGUGUGGAGCUGGUAAACUUCUGCAAAGGAGGGCAGAGAGCAUUCCCCGAAAUACCUACCAUCAUUUCAAAGCUAGGAAUUGAAGGAUACCCAAUUCAGUGGCGGUAAACCUGCUGCUUCAAAUCUGCUCUGUCACAAGUUAAAUGAGGUUCAUUUAAUUUAAAAAUAAAUAAGCCCUCUUCCCCCUCCAAAGACACGAAGAUCUUGUUAAAGAAAAGUAAUAGAAAGCUCCAAAGAGGCCCAAAGUUACACUGUCACGGCAUCUUGGAAUGAGACAGUAGAUGAAAAAUGAGAGCUGGAUGAGGAGAAAUUGAUGGCUCGUACUCAUGUAAUCGAAGUCCACAUCUAUCAGAGCAUACAAUUAAUUCCCUGGCCCAGAAAGCGCAAUUAAUUUUGUUUUCUGAAAUAUCAGCAGGUUUCCUUAGUUCUUCCUCAGGCUCUUGCAGUUUCCCCAACACUGCAGUUACUUUUCAGGGGUCACACACUGUCACUGCACGUGAACCAUGGGAGAUGGUAGGUGUCCUGCCAGCUGAGGGACAACCAGCGUGUUUGAAGUUGAGUUGUUCAAAUUUCAAACCAGUUACGUAGACUUCUGGCAGUACCUACGGACCAGUGUCAUAUUUAACCUCCUUGUCCAUAAAGGACAAAAUAAUGGGUUUCAGAAUUAGUGCUUUUUCAGAUCUUUUCCUUUUCUUCUUUGGGGCAAGACUUUUGAGCAUAAUUGUAAAUUAUAAAGUUAUGUCUAAAUGUACGGUUCAUACAAAAUAUCAGACCAAUUUUCAUUUGGUUUUGUUCCUUUUAGAAAGCAAAGUGUAAAAGAAAAAGCCUUUCACAAAUGUUCCAGGAACUAUCUGGAAUCCUUCUACCUACCCCAAAUUCUGCACUGAAAGUACAUGUGAGAAGGUGGCAUUUUGUCUGUUUUUAAAGAAAAUUGCAAAGAAACUAUUCCCCUAAGAGAAGGGAGCUGAUGAAGGGUGUUUAGAAACUUCUAAACCACGUAGGAAUUGGCUUCAUCCCAUCACAGCAGCAGCGUGUUCAGCUCGUCCAGUCUCCUUAAGAGCCAACAGUGGCCCCUCCGGUCAUUUUGCCUGGUUUGUCACGUUUGCAGCAGCUCUGCUUUAGAAUAAGCCUUGUGUGAUGUUCACUUUUGAGUAAAACACAAAAAACCCCCUAUAUUUUCUUUUCUUUUUUGUUUGGGUUUGGAAACUGGUUGGGGUUUUGUUUUGAUAAAUGUCAUUCUGUGUUGCAUUUGUGUAUUCACCUUAGUUGAAAAGAAAAUCUGUGUGUUUGGGAGUUCAGUGGAAGGUUAGGAGGAGAAAUGAAGCCCACCUUCUGGGCAUGGAUGUUGGGUCUAGCGGGCAAAAUGGACCAAACUUGGGUGUAGGGUUAUUUUGGGAUGGUGGGGGGUUCCGAGGGCAUAAUUUAAAUUAACUCUGUCUAAAAUAAAAUGUAAGUGCAAUAAAUGUGCUUUUUUUUUUUUUUAAUUCAAAGCUGUGAACCUUUAGGAAAGAAAAAAAAAAAAAACCACAAAAAAAAAUCAACAAAAAAAAAAAA